UCUCAUCCCCUGAUCCACAAGUCAAUAAAGAGAUAGGGCUGUUGGGACUACUACUGUGUGUGUAACAGUACUAGUACAAGGCCUUCCUAUUGCUUCCAUAACAACUUCUUAGUUUUUUAACUCCCUAUCUCCUCCUAUUUAUUGUUUUCCUCUCUAUAUAUAUACUUAACUAGCUACCACUAGCUCUCUCCCAGAUUUACUUAAAAGUGAAAACUGAGUUCCAUAUUAAACAUGUGGAUGAUGGGAUAUAAUGAAGCUGCAGAUUUUAACCUGCAAGACUCUUUCAAUGGUCGAAAACUCCGGCCUUUGAUUCCAAGGCCUAAUCCAACUUCUACUAGUUCUCAAAUUAGUCGAAACGCAGCUACUGGCUCAUCUUACUUGCACCGCACUCAUGACCUCCUCGCUUUCAACCAUCACAUGGCCGCGAUGAGUGAGCAAAACAAGAGAGAUUUCAACACGCAACAAGUUAUAGUAAGCUCGAGAUGGAAUCCAACAGCAGAGCAGCUACAAAUGCUGGAGGAUUUGUACAGGCGAGGCACGCGAACGCCUUCAACCGAAGAAAUCCAAGAAAUCACAGCACAACUGCGUCGAUACGGGAAAAUAGAAGGCAAGAAUGUGUUCUACUGGUUCCAGAAUCACAAGGCCAGAGAACGUCAGAAACGACGUCGUCAACUCGAAUCAUCGCAACCCUUUGAGCAGAUAUCCAUCAUGGAAGAACCAGAAAAGAAAGAAUCAGGGCUAAAUAGGACAGGUUUUGAAGCUGAACAAGGUCAGACCAAGAACUGGCCACCUCCUACAAACUGCAGUACACUUGCAGAGAAAACUGUUUCAAUAGAAAGAGCAGCAAAGACAGUAACAGCAUCAUCAGAAUUUAGAGCAGAUCAUGGAUGGAUUCACUUUGAAGAGGGAGAAUUACACCAAAGAAGGACCUUGGCAGAAAGGAAUGCCACGUGGCAAAUGAUGCAGUUGUCCUGUUCAUCUCCCAUAAACUACACCAAUAGUACUAUUAGCCCAUCAACUGUUAGAGCAUUGGACCCGAAGCUCAUCAAAUCACCUCAUCAAGAUCCGGUCAACUUCUUCCAAAUUCCCAAUAUGACGACUAGUGAUCAUAUUCGUCUCAACUACUUCUUCGGUGGUGCUGAUCAUGAUGAUCGUGGUGAUGGAAAAAUGGCUGGUUAUGAUGAUGAGAAAUCUCAUACUCUUCAAUUGUUCCCUCUCCGGAGUGAAGAUAUGCUUAGUGAUGAAAAUGGUGAUGAGGAUAAGGAUUUGGAGACAUCUAUAGCUUCCAUGACCAACUCAACUCCAAGCCAGUUUUUCGAGUUCCUUCCUCUCAAGAACUAAUAGUACUAAAAGCUAUAAGUAUAGCAUAUUAUGGUUUUCUUUCAUAAUGUUUUAACCUAGCUACUUAGUUAAAAUGUUGACCAAUGGACUCCUCUCAGCUCUAGCAGAAUCUAGUAAUGUUGUCAUGUCCUUUUCUUGAGGAAUUAAAGGUUCUCUAUGAAAAUGCAAUUUGAUUCUUG